AUGGCCAAGAAGCAGGAGCAGCAGCAGCAGCAGCCAAAGGACCACCUGGCCAUGAGCCGCACGCCCGAGGCCAACGAAAACAACGACGACUGGCGGGAGAAGCCCCCCUACAGGACCACGGAGAAGAACGACCACUUUGACAAGAUAUGGACGGCGAAAUGCAGCUGCGAGCGCGUAAAGUACUGGCUCUCGCGGGAGAGGCCCCUGGCCUCAAAGUACUGCCACUGCCGCGACUGCCAGUCCCUCCACGGCGCGCCCUUCCAGUGGGCCGCCGUCUUCCACAAGGAGGACCUGCACUUUGAGAAGGGCGCCGAGGGCCUCGCGUUCUACAACACGGCCGACAAGCAGACGCACCACAAGCUGCCGUGCAAAGUGAGCUGCGCGUACUGCCACACGCCCAUCAUGGACGAGGGCAGGAACAUGGUGCUCAUGUUCCCCGGCAUCAUCAAGGUCGACAAUCCAGACCACAAGAAGUUUUUUGAGCCACAAUGCCACAUCUUCUACAAGCAACGUAUAGUAGAUAUCUCUGACGGGAAGCCAAAGUGGACCGGCUUGGAUGAGGAUAGCGAUUUGAUGGAGGAUGUGGAGCCAGAGGACAUAGAGGCGGUUGUGGGACGAGACAAGGUCGAUGGUUGA